AUGGUACUUACCAAACUGGAAGAGAACUUUGGAAGACCCAAUCACGACCAUGCAAAAUUGUCUAAACUAGUCCCUUACUCGGGCCUGAUUCUUACGGUCUCGUGCGUGGUCAUCUUCCUUGCUCGAGUAUAUCUCCUGGAACCACUUGUCAAACGCUUCACAGAUCAAUAUAAGCACCUAGAUCAAGCACAAAAGAGGAGCUUCAUCAAUCAUUAUGUUGCCGCCAGCAUCAAGCUACUGUUGGUCGUCGUCGCUGUUUAUCCCGCGGUCAUGAUCAUCUCUGGACGAAGGACUCUACAAUCCUCCUUUGGUAGUUCGAGUGCGAGUGUCACAUAUGGCGAUCUACUUCUCUGCGUCUUCGAAGUAUUUACCUCGAUGUACAUCUUCGAGCUGUUCUAUCGAGAGAAAGUCAGUUAUAUCAGCGCUGCACAUCACAUCGGCGCCAUUAUCAUCACACAAACAGCCACUGUGCUCUUCCACGAUCCACAACAUAGACAGGAUGCUGAGCUUGAGUUCAUUCUCUGCUUGCUCUGGGGUAUCUUCGACAUUCUCGCCGAGUUCUGGCCCCACGCUGCCGUCAUCAUCUAUCGUACCUGGCCUGAGAAGCAUAUGAUUCUCGCAGACAUCUUCCUUGCGACAGCAGUCCUUGAGGUCAUCGGUACCGUGGUCGAGACCAUCACAGUUUUCACAAUCUUCUUCUCGCUAUGGAAAGAGUGGACCAUCGAGUUCAAGGUUCUGAGUCCAACACUACACCUAUUAUUCAGCUGUGCGCAGCUCUGGGGAGCAAGAGUAUUCUGGCUCAUGUCACAACAACAUCGCAAAGCUGCCGAUGGCAAUAUCACAGAGGGAUCCGGUCCAGAAGAUNCCAGCGCCUGCCUACCAAGAACACAUCAUCAUCAAGAGCAAGGAAGAGUCCAUCGA